GUCCCUUUCAUGUGGUACUCUGAUGGCGUUGGCGUUUCUACAGUGGAUCUUCAGGCUGUUGAUGGCCCUGAUCGUCUUUCAGGGUGUGUGUGUGAUGUUUUAUUUUACACCCAACACACACUCGUCCAGAGAUGGGAUGACGGAGGCUCUUCGGCAGAUGCAAUGCGCAAAACUCAGACGCAAGUUUUCCAUUAUCAAACCGGCCAAAAGUAUUAAAAUGGAGAGUUUCACACGGGAGCUAUCAGAUUUCAUGAGCUGCCCGUACAAAUCCAACACAACUGAGCGCGAGGUCAACAGAUUGAGCCUACAGAUUUUCUGUAACGCCACAGGAUCGUUAUUCCUCACCAAACGAAACACAGCCGUCAAUCAGUCCAUCCCAUAUGAGACAAGCACAACAGAUACAUACACAAUGAACGAAACCCUCCACAGCAUGAUGCCUGAGGACUUCCCCUGGAGUGGUCGUCGUCUGGGUCGGUGUGCUGUAGUUGGCAGUGGUGGGAUCCUGAAGAACAGCAGCUGUGGACGUGAGAUUGACAGCGCAGACUUCGUCAUACGGUUUAAUUUGGCGAUGAUUAAUGACAGUGAUGUUGGGCUGAAGACGGAUCUGAUAACCAUCAACCCCAGUCAGAUUCAGAAAGAAUACAAAAACCUGGAGGAGAAUACAGAUCCUCUGGUGGAGCGGGUCAGUGUGUACGGAAACACCUUCUUCAUUAUGCCUGCCUUUGCCUACAAAUUCUGCACUGAACUGUCAAUCAGAGCUCUUAAUGUCCUUCAUGCAAUCAGACCACAGAAGCCAAUGGCGUUCUUCAGCCCUUAUUACCUGCAGACACUGGACGGUUUCUGGAAGAGGCGGGGCCUGAAUCCACGCCGCCUUUCCACUGGGUUUAUGUUAAUCAGCACGGCGCUGGAACUAUGUGAAGACGUGCACGUGUACGGAUUCUGGCCAUUUUACACCGACCUGCAGGACAAUCCCGUUCCGUACCACUAUUACAACCUGAACAGACCUAGCAAGCGCAUGCACAAAAUGCCGGAGGAGUUUGUGCGGCUUCUGAAGCUCCACAGCCAGGGGGCGCUGACACUGCACCUGCAGCCCUGCUCCUCAGACACACACUAGCCACUUUUCCACUGGUGGGUCAGUGCGAGCCAGGGCUUAAAACGGGCCGGGCAGGGCUAAUAGUCUCGGGUCAGUAGCAGAGAGGCCAAAAUAGCGCUGCGUUUCCACAGUCAGGCCUGAAGCUCCGCUGCGCGUCACUAACAGCGUCCCUUUACACACCACUCAUGAACAACGUCAUGCAACCCCAUCAUUUCACCAACAAAGAGAAGUUAUCAGAAAACGAAUAGGAAAUAAAUCACUGGAACAUACGCGAUCACGAAACGAACACGAUAACAGCUGUCUUUUGUUUGCAUGCUUUUUUAAAUAUUUCAGUUCAAAAGCAUCAAUAUUAUACCAUAAGUGAUACAUUGAGCGUAAUGAAUUAAUUCAUCAGGCUUGAAAAUUUGACAUAGAAAUAAAUGUAUUUCUACUUUAUUUAUUUAUUUAUUUUUAAUGCUGAAGCAUUAUGAAAAUAGCCUGCUUAUUCAGUCGAGUCUGUUUCUGUUUAUUUGUAGUCAAAGUAGUCUAUAUAUACGUCACAUUUAAAUGAAUGAUAAUUUCUCUGUUUUCAUAAAAGCUCCCGAACAAAAGCUAAACUCUUGAGACGAGACUUAUGACAGAUAAACGGUUACUAAAUGAAUAUACGACAUGUACCAUGUUUACUGUGGUAACGUUAAUGCCUAGCGUGCAUAGUCUUUUGCAUCGCUUAUAAAUAUUUAUGCCUAUUAUGGUGAUUAUAAUCCAAAUCGGAUCGGAUCGCGUUAUUUCAAACACUCGCUGCUGACUGAAAGUGAGUUUUGAGCUCAACUUAUUUGAAAAAGUUUUUAAUGCUGGUGUUAUUGCUGUUAUCUUUCUGUAAUGAUCUGCAGCGCUGAGCUCUCCAGACGCGGAGAAGCUCCGCCUUUGUUCGUAACCCCUCCUCUAGCCCCAGCUGGCCCGCUUUAACCCAAGGUUUUUGUCGGGCUGAAAAAACCCUGUCCGUUGGCCCCGAGGAAGCCCCGGCGAGGCACAAUCAAGCCCCGGAAGUGACAGUGGGAACGCGACUAGCCCUGGCACGCACUAGCACGCCCGCUUUAAGCCCAACAGUGGAAACAUGGCUACUGACAUCUGCAUGCAUAGUAAAAUAUAAAGUAUAAGGAAUCAAUUAUUUAGAUGAUUCAUGUCUUCAUUAUAAAACUGUUACAAUAAAGUAUUUUCUUCUAC